AUGGAGGAUUAUGAUAUCAGAGCUACAAUUCCCACUUUGAAUGUUGAUUUUUUGUCCCUCACUGUCCUAAGGUUGUAUGGAAUACCAAUUACCUGUGUUCCUCCUAACUCCGUCCAAGAGUUGAGGCUAAACUUUCCAUCUCUUAGAAAGUAUAAGACAGUUAAUUGCACUUGGAUAAAUGUAAAAAGGAUAAGUAUAGAAAUGCCUAAACUUGAAGUGCUUAUAAUCGAGGAUACAAAUGUGAUAAUGAGUGAUAGUUCACAGUGUGUAAUCAACUUGUGUGCCUCACACCUUGUAGAAUUCUCCUAUAGUGGGCAAAUGUCAGAUACCAUGUCGGUUGCCUUGACUAUAAAAAGUGUUGCCUCUGCUAAUAUUUAUCCACGCUAUAUCUUGAAUGGGUUUCCAAAUGCACUUUUUGCUUACCAGUUUCUGAGCACAUUCAAUGAUAAAGUGGAACGUCUAAGGUUUGAACACCCGCAGGUUCUUGCACCAGCAGUAAAUUCUAUGGUCGGUCUUCCUGAAUUUGAAAUGUUGACUGAUCUGGAGGUAGUAGAUAAAAUUACGGGUUCAUUGUUGUGGUUCUUACUCCUAAAGGCACCAUUUAUUGAGACUCUUACUUUGAAGGAGCUACUUAGUUUUGAGCAUCCUUCCACUCCAAACCUUGUUCCUCCCUGUGUUGCAUCUAAACUUGAAGUGGUAAAUUUUGGAAGAUUUCAAGGUAAUGAGCAUGAGCUUCGCUUUGCCAAACUUGUAUUUGAAAACGCUCAAGUCUUGAAGAGGGUGAAUUUCACAUGUCCCUGGCCAUCCUAUGGUAAAAAACUUAAAGGGAAGAUAUUGGCAUUUGAGAGAAGUGCUAGUGCCGUUAUAGAAUUUAUUUAG